AAACAUCGUAAAGAGGCGCGUGGAGUAGGAGGGAUAUUUUUCGAUGACUUAGAUAACAAACCUCCAGAAAAAAUAUUUGAAUUUAUUAAACAAUGUGGGAAUUCAUUUUUACCAUCAUAUGUUCCAUUGGUGAAACGGAGGAUGAAUUCAACAUUUACGGCAAAAGAAAAAGAAUGGCAACAGUUACGUAGAGGUAGAUAUGUUGAAUUCAACCUUGUAUGGGAUCGUGGGACUAAAUUCGGUCUUCAAACGCCCGGUGCAAGAAUUGAAAGUAUAUUUAUGUCACUUCCAUUAACUGCACGAUGGGAAUAUAUGCACAUUCCCGAUAAAAAUUCUCGUGAAGACAAAUUAAUGCAAGUUUUAAAACAACCAAAGAAUUGG